GUCUCCGCGUGGCUAUAUAAACAUGGCUGGUUCGGUCGCGCAGCCGGGCUGUGCCGAGUAAGAGGGGCUCUGGGAGCUCUAGUUUUGAAGUUUCUGGCGGGGGAACCGCGGGCUAAAGUUAGGCUCAGAGGUGGGAGCAGAAGUGACGCCCUUCCGGGAGCCGCGCGGCGGGGCUCAGCUGCAGCGGGAGCGGUGGCUGAGGCGCCGGGCUGAGCCGGCGCACGUGUGAGCGCUGCUGAGGAAGCGGCGAGCGUCCGAGCAGGUGUUACUGCGGGCGUGUCCGCGCGAGUCCGGAGCCGCCCGCUCCUGGGGCAGAAGGUCCAGGACGCGCGGAUCCUGCCGCCCAGCCAGAGCCGGCCCCUGACUUCUCUGUCGCGGCCCCUGCGCCUCUCCCUAGCGAUGCUGUGGAGCCGGAACUGCACUGGAGUCGGCUGUCGCUUGCAAAGCCUCUCCUCGCCUCUGCUCCCGGAUUGGAGGCUCCGCUGCUGCCGCUGAGGCACCUGGGGGGAUGCCCGCGGGCCUCUCAGAGCCGGCCGGUGCCGCUCCCCCGGCUGGUGUCAACGUCUCCGGGACCGUGACCAUGGCCCCUACCGGGGCUCUGCCGGUCCGGAUGGAGAACGCGCCGGUGGCCCUGGGCGCCGCGACCAAGGCUUCUGUCACUGUCUGCAUGGGGUCCUCGGCGUCCCAGCCCCUGCGGAAGGCGGCCCCUGUGGGGACCCUGGUGACCAAAGUGGCUUCUGUCAGUGCUGUUCCUCAAGUCAGCGGCGGCCCUAGGCUGCCCGCCCCUCAGAUAGUCGCCGCCGCUAAAGCCCCCAACACAACAAUCUUGUUGCCUGCUAAUAUUCAGCUUCCUCCAGGAACAGUUGUGAUCAAAAGUAACAGCGGUCAGUUGAUGUUAGUAUCCCCUCAGCAAGCUUUAACAAGAGCCGAUACUACUAGUAACGUAAUUUCAAGGCCAGCAGUACCAACGAAUACUCAAUCAAUCAAAACCUGUCUGAUGCCGAAUUCUAGCUCACAGUUAAUCAAGAAAGUGGCAAUGGUACCUGUUAAAAAAUUGGCACAAACUGGAACUACAGUAGUAACCACUGUUCCGAAGCCUUCCUCAGUACAAUCUGUGCCUGUGCCAAACAAUGUUGUCACAGUUACUCCUGUAAAGCCGUUGAAUACUGUACCUACCCUGGAGGCUUCAAGUUUUGGAGUAUCACCCAUGCCCUCCAGUGAGCCCAAUCUGAAAACCGAGAGCUCAGCAGUCGCUCAGACUAAUCUUUCCCCGAUGAUGCUAGAAAAUGUGAAGAAAUGUAAGAACUUCCUUGCAAUGUUAAUAAAACUGGCAUGUGGUGGAUCACAGUCCCCAGAAAUGGGGCAGAAUGUGCAGGGAUUGGUGGAACAACUUCUGGAUGCAAAAAUUGAAGCAGAAGAAUUUACUAGGAAACUGUAUGUUGAACUCAAGUCUUCACCUCAACCUCACCUAGUUCCUUUUCUUAAGAAAAGUGUGAUUGCCUUACGACAACUUAUACCUAACUCUCAGAGCUUUAUUCAGCAGUGUGUUCAGCAGACUUCUAGUGAGGCAGUCAUUGCUACUUGUACCACAACAGUAACUUCUUCUCCUGUGGUGACAACAGCUUCCUCAGUCCAGUCUGAAAAGACUGUUACUGUUUCUGGAGAAACAGCCCCUAGAACUGUGUCAGUACACAUUGAGAAUCCACUUGCUGGUCCAGACGGAGCAAACACUGGAGUUGUGACACUUCAUCCUGUGGGUCCAGCUGCUAUACCAGGAGGAACAACAGCUGGAACUGUUUUGCUUCAGACUUCAAAACCACUUGUGACUUCUGUACCAAAUACAGUUACAACAGUCUCACUUCAACCUGAAAAACCAGUUGUUUCUGGAGCAGCAGUAUCACUGGCCCUUCCAUCGGUGACUUUUGGAGAAACUUCAGCUGCAACUAUUUGUCUUCCUUCUAUGAAACCUGUUGUUACUUUUUCUGGGACCACAGCUGACAAGCCUGUGGUUGAUGCUCCAGUCCAGAUCAGACUUGCACAGCCAAACUCCAUCCUUUCACAACCACCUGGUAUUCCACAGGCAGUUAAAGUCAAACAACUAGUAGUUCAACAGCCUUCAGGAGGCAUCACAAAACAAGUGACUACACUUUCCCAUUCCUCAGCAUUGACCAUUCAGAAAUCUGGACAAAAGAAAAUGCCAGUCGACACUGUAAUAUCGACCAGUCAGUUUUCUCCAGCUUCCGUUCUAAAACAAAUUACCCUACCAGGAAAUAAAGUUCUGUCACUUCAAGUAUCGCCUCUGCAGAAAACUAAAAUAAAAGAGAAUGGAACAACAUCGUUCAGAGAUGAAGAUGACAUCAAUGAUGUGACUUCCAUGGCAGGGGUCAACCUCAAUGAAGAAGAUGCCUGCAUCUUAGCAACAAACUCUGAGUUGGUUGGCACGCUCAUUCGAUCAUGUAAAGAUGAACCAUUUCUUUUCAUUGGAGCUCUACAAAAGAGAAUUUUAGACAUUGGUAAAAAGCAUGACAUUACGGAGCUUAACUCUGAUGCUGUGAACUUGAUCUCCUGUGCAACCCAGGAGCGAUUACGAGGCCUUCUAGAAAAACUGACUACAAUUGCUCAGCAUCGAAUGACCACUUACAAGACAAGUGAAAAUUACAUCCUGUCUAGUGACACCAGGUCACAGCUCAAAUUUCUUGAAAAACUGGAUCAAUUGGAGAAGGAGAGAAAGGAUUUAGAAGAAAGAGAAAUGUUAUUUAAAGCAGCCAAGAGUCGUUCCAAUAAAGAAGAUCCAGAACAGCUGAGAUUAAAGCAGAAAGCCAAAGAGUUACAACAGUUGGAGCUCGCACAGAUACAGCAUAGAGAUGCCAAUCUUACAGCCCUUGCAGCUAUUGGACCGAGGAAGAAGAGACCAUUAGAAUCUGGAAAUGAGGGCAUAAAAGACAACCUUCUUGCUUCUGGGACGCCCAGCCUGACAGCCACCAAACAGUUGCUUCGUCCAAGAAUCACAAGAGUCUGCCUCAGGGACUUGAUAUUCUGUAUGGAGCAGGAAAGGGAGAUGAAAUAUUCCCGAGCUCUGUACCUGGCCCUUCUGAAGUGACCACCCCGCUAUCCAUGCCAAGCCUUGCUGUUUACUGCCAAAGAAGAUAUAAAGAGCAUUAUUGCACUGUCCUGAAAUGUCAGUUUCUGGAAAAUAGUCACAGUUUGGAAGGCCAUUGUUUACAGUUAUAAACUUUUAUUAAAUCUUAUGUAUACAUCCCAUGGGAUUCUUAAUGACCAGAAUUCAGCUUUGUCUCGUGAAAAUCAGUUACGAGAUAACAGUUUACACAGAAGUAGGCAUCUGCAUUUGAUUACAGCAAGUUAAGGCCCUGUCUAUUACUACCUGCUUUGCUUGCCAAAGUGUUUGCAACAGGUGAGGUAUCUUUCCCCGAUAACAGCCUAAUAUAACUUGCAUUGGGAUACAGGGGAAAGAAAGGAAGAGGCACCACUUACUAAGAAAAAUGUGUUUAAUCCUCUGCUGACCCUGUUUCUGGGUUAGCUUAGGUUGUCUGGGUUGGAAUCAGAAGUUGCUUGCUAAUUAUGAUGGCCGCUUCUGUAGCUGAAGGUGCAAGUGACAGAGCAGGGCCCAGGAUGACUUCGGCUGGCUGAGUCCCGGUGUUGUCAAAACCAAGACAGAUGGAGAUGGUUUGUGCCUGAGGUUGCUAUUCCCUGGUUCAUAUCACCAUGUGCUGCUCCUGAUACCAAGGGAGGGGACAUCCUUGUCAGGGAAACCUUAAAAUGGAAGCUGCUGAAAUACCUCGAUGAAAAAUGGAAAAGGUAGAAAGUAUUAGAAUGGAUGGUAGGGCACUGAGUUCAAACUGAUAAGGGGAGAUGAAAAUGGAAUCCUAACACAGAAACUGCUGCGUAUGCCCGGGAGGAGCAGCGGUAGAAGUGGAAAUUCACAGCAACCGGUAUGUGUUUUGUUGAAGGAAAAAAAUCACAACCCAACUAAAAAGGAAAACAUCCAACAUUUUCAAAUUACAGUAUUUUAAAAGGAAGAAGUUAUUUUUUAUUUUGUAUUGUUUUAAAUCAAGGAUAGUUUUCGUAAGUUAGAGUUUUUAUUGUUUCUUUUCUCAUAAAAUUUUAGUUACUCUUAAGUUUUAACAUCUUGGUGUAUUUAAAAAAUCUGAAUUGGUGAUUAGAAAUUUUUGACCUCUGGAUUCUAUACUUAAAAGGUAAUGUCAGCAUUUCACUUUUGGGGAUCUUGGCUAUAAAUAUACUAUGAGAAAUAAUGUUACAUAUUCAUCUGAAGAGGAGGCUGAUAUUUUGCAAAUCUUUUUGUUUUUUUUUUAAUCCCACCUGUGUGGAAUAUGCCUGGUGAAAAAUAAUAGCUAUAGUUGGAAUCGUAUACAUAAUGAAUGAAUAAAUCUUCCAGAAAGGUUUUAAAAACGGGAAAGCUAUGCUUGUUAGAAAAAGAAUUGAGGGGGAAAAGCCUGAAGUUAUGUUGCUCUUCAUCCCAUUCUUCCCACUGGGACUGUUAUGACCAUAUUCCACACUGUAGUAUGUUUUAAAUUAGCCACAGUUUUUGGUUCAGCAAGUUAUUACAUAAAAUGCUAUAAUUAUGUAUAUGUUAAGAGUACUUUGAAAAAAGAUGUACACCCAAAGUUGGUUUUGUAUAUUUAAACGCUUAGCUUUAUUUUUUGUAAAAUGCAACAUAUUCCCAUAUUUGUGUAUAAUCUUAUUGAUCAGAUGUUUAAAAUUAUUUCAAA